AUUUUAAUUUUGUUGAAAAAUUAUGUCUCCAAAUAACACGCCAUAAAAUGAUAGGAAUCUAAUCUCUCUUCAAUUUUCGAAAACAAAUCUAAUCAAAUUAAACGCAAACUCAACAAGACAUGAUCUAACCUGAUUUUGAAGUUGUAUUAUACUUGUAGAGUUUCAGAAUCAUUGAUUACCCUUAUGGGCAUGGCUAGUCAAAGUGAAACCCUAGAAGGGUCUAUAGAGGUGGAGGGAUCUUUGAUUGGGGAUGGUAAUGGGAAGGACUUAUUGGGUUGUUCUGAUUUGCGUAUAGAUGGUGUUUGUGGUAAUGCUGAGCUGAAUGAUGAUGUGGGUUUUGAUGGGUCAAUUGAGGAGGGUAAAGAUGUGAAUCCUACUAUUGGGUUUGAGGGUUCUCGAGUUGUGUUGUCGUUAGAAGGUAAGAGUGAGAAUGGGGUUGUUGAGUUGGGUGGAAGUGAUGUAACCUUGAAAACAUCCGAUGAGAGGAAGGAAGUGAAUGAAAUAUUGGAGAAAGAAGUGCUGAGUGAUGAUGAUAUUCGGGUUGAAUCAGAUGUUAGGCAAAGUGUGGAAGGGAAAGCUUGUGUUUCUGAGAAGAUUGAUUCACAAAAAGAGAAGGAAAUUGAAGAUGAAGAAUUUAAUGAUGAUGAACAGGUAAAAACAAACGAUGGGAAAGUUGUGAAGUAUGGCUCUAUGAAGAGUUCAGGAAAAAGUUAUCAGGUAAGUUAUCAACUGCCAACAGCAAAAAAAGGGAAGUUUUCUGUGAAUGAUCUGGUUUGGGGCAAGGUGAGAAGCCAUCCAUGGUGGCCGGGACAGAUAUUUGAUCCCUCAGAUUCAUCUGCGCAGGCAAUGAAGCAUUUUAAAAAGAAUUGUUAUUUGGUAGCAUAUUACGGGGAUGGAACGUUUGCUUGGAAUGAAGCAUCGAAGCUGAAGUCGUUUAUGACACAUUUCUCUCAUAUUGAUAAGCAGAAAAAUUCGGAAGCAUUCCAGAGUGCUGUGGAUUCUGCUUUGGGUGAAGUCAAAAGACGAGUAGAAUUUGGCUUGGUGUGUUCUUGCGUACCUAAAGAUACUUAUGACAAGAUUAAACUCCAGACGAUUGAAAACUGUGGGAUUCAACAAGAGCCAAGUUUUGUACAUAGAGUCGAUGAAUCUUUAAACGUUAGCUCCUUUUCACCUGAGAAUCUUAUGGAGUACUUGAGAGAUUUAUCCAAGUGUCCAACUGGAGGCUUUGAUCGAUUGGAGCUUUUAAUAGCUAAGGCUCAGUUGCUUGCAUUCUAUCGUUUAAAGGGUUACUCUCACCUGCCUGAAUUCCAAUAUUCCAGAGGUUUGGACGACACCGGCACCUCAAUUAAUGAUAAUGAUAAAACAUUGAGUGAAAUUAAUGAGCACACAAUUCAUGCGAGUAAAAUUGGUGAUCAAAGUGGUACUGGAGAUUCGAAAGCCACAAACCGAUCAUGUCGCAAGCGUAAACAUAACCUAAAGGUUUGUGAUACAGCAAAAAAGAAAAGCUUGUUAGAACCAGCAAACGGGACUCCAGAUUCUACCCAUGGUGAUUAUCAGAAUGAUGACGAGGCCAUUGCUAAUCUGAUUUCCCCUGUCUUUUCCAAGAAACGAAAGACUAUUGAUCAUCAUUAUGCUGAUGUUUCAAGGGUGAAAGGUAGAAGAAAAACUGUUUCCCUUGAAAAAAGUUCAAACACCACAAAACCAUCAUUUAAAAUUGGUGAAUGUCUCCGCAGGGUUGCUAGCCAACUUACUGGACCGCCCUCUAAGUUCAAAUAUUCUGGAGACAGAUCUCAGAAGGCAGAUGGAAAUGCAGAUAGUUUUUCAAGAAACAAAUCUGAUUCCUUCUCCCCUAAUCUUGAAGAGACUCGGAAGUCGAGCUUGACUUUUCCUACAGAGUUUUCAUCUCUAGAUGAUUUGCUAUCUUUACUUCGAGGGGUAGCACAAGAACCACGGGGAGACUAUAGUUUCUCGAAUGUUAUAGUGAGUUUUUUCUCUGAUUUCAGGAAUUCAAUCAUUUCAGUUGAUGAUUCUAAGAAAGAAAGCUUACCUACAACUAAAGUUGGUACUAAAAGGAAGAAACAACCCAUAGGUGGAUCUCCUGAAACAUUUGACUUUGAUGACCUGAAUGACACAUAUUAUAAAGAGACGGUCAUACGGAAUGGUUCUGAACAACAAUCACAGAGAAGCAGCAAACUAGACUAUCAGCAUGUUCUUCCGGAGCCAGAAAAACCUGUUCAUGUUUAUACCCGCAGGACCUAUUCCAAGAAACAACAUUUUGAUAGCAAUCAUGCUGAGGUUUCUGAAAAACCUGCUGGAUAUGUAGAUGACAAAUCCCCGGCUGAACUUGUUUUGAACUUUGCUGAGUUGGAUUCUGUUCCCUCAGAAACAAGUCUAAAUAAUAUUUUUAAGCAUUUUGGACCUCUAAAGGAAUCUCAAACAGAAAUUGAUCGAGGAAGCAUGCGGGCAAGAGUGGUUUUCAAGAAGUGUUCCGAUGCGGAGGUUGCUUUCAGUAGUGCUAAACAGUUCAACAUAUUUGGACGAAGUCUUGUAGAUUACCAGCUUAACUACUCACCAAGUGCAUUGUUCAAAGCUUCAUCUUUUGCCACAACGCAGGACCAAGAAUUGCAUCUUGAUAUUUCCAACGUUGAGCUUAAUAUAGUCUAAAUCAUUUGGUCAUGAAUAUUUUAGUGCCAAUAUUGUUCUUAAGGAAGCAUGUUGGUGACCGCAAUCCUGAAGUACCAGAAGAAGAUCUGGAGGAUGUAAACCCCUACAUUUUUCAAUCUGACCAAAACAAAAUGAAACAAGUAUCCAGCAACAAUAUGAGACUACUAAAGAAAGAAUUUUGGAAUAAAACAAGGUAUUGGUAUUUGGUAUCAUUAAAGCCAAGAAUCGCAUUAAUUAAAUUUGAUUCCUUGUUGAUUCAUCUGGUCAUCUAUUAUUCUGUAUAGAUUUUCUUUUGGUAGUAAGAUGCACUAUGUUACUGCUUCUUAGUUAGCCAUACUUUUCCUAGUUUCCUGCUGCUUGUAGUUAUACCAUUUAUAGAUUCCUUGUGAACUCUUUAAUUUGUAUCUAUCCUUUUACUUUAGAGGGAUAGAGGUUAACACUAUCCAUAUGGGUUAGGGUUACUAACUUACUAUGCUUCAGAAAUUUGAUGGCCAUAAAGUCAACAGAUUUUUGUAUACUACUUAUUGUAGUUAAAUGUAAAAGUAGAUGCUACCCUUUCCAUACA